AUGCUUCGUUUAACAAGGUAUAAUGAAAUUUCAACCGCCCCUAAGAUUAAAUCCGCUUUAUGGCGUUCUACGAAAUCAUUAGGUCGCAUUGAAUUCCAUAGAUUAUAUAGCUCUGCAAUUAACGGUCCGGUUAUAGGUAUUGAUUUGGGUACAACAAAUUCAUGUGUUGCAAUAAUGGAAGGUAAAGCUCCAAAAGUGCUUGAGAAUUCAGAAGGUGCAAGAACAACUCCAUCGGUGGUGGCAAUUUCAAAGGAUGGUGAAUUAUUGGUUGGUCAAGCUGCUAAGCGCCAG